AUGGCAUACCACGGCUCAUACUACAUCCUCUGGACACAGCAAACUCAUCUCUUCAAUGAGAUUGAUCUGCUCAGGUGUCACAUUGCAAAUAUAGAGCGACAACUACUACGAGCCCAACAAACAUCGGAUAGCCAAGACACGAAACGGCAGGACAGGAGAAAAGCCAAGUGGGUAGCCAAUGCGCAACGAAAAUACCUCAAGGACUUGGAACGUGCUCUGCAUUCUCUCCUUAACUCUCUGUCGGCCUGUCAGUCACAAAUAGCGCGCGUUCACAUAGAGGCUUCCUGGCAAGCAGAUCAAUAUGGCAAUGCUUGGGCAACUUACCACGAUUCUCAGUACGAAGACACGACACCUACACAAGAGACCUAUCAAUCCCAGGUCCGCUCUUCGAGUCCUGACUCUGGGUUCUCAGAGCCAGCGUUGUAUGCUCAACCUUUCGACCUCGAUUUGACCGAGGUUCAGAGCGAUCAUACAUUCUCCCACGAGCUCCAACACCCAUCACCUCUUACCAUAAACACUCAAGUCGUCCACAAAACACGUACACCUAUACACACCACCUCACUGAGUCCUUCCGCAGAAGACUUCACCCCAACGCCAAAAGCAUCCCACAAAGCCAUAAGCCCUCUCGCUCCCCCAUUCAGCCCCUUUGUCUUUGCCAAAGCCAACCCACCAGAUCCAGGGUUACCUAUAAACUCAAAGCCGCUGUUUACACAACCAGCUUGGUCUUCGCCUUUGGACUGGAGCGAACAAGUCAAUGAAGAGAUGACGCCUGUGUUGCCCAAAGCGGAGGUUGAAGAACAGGAAGCAAAGAAAGGGUUCAAGAGACGCUAUUCGGUUGCUGCGAUUGAGUUGAUUGAGACUCGGUUGAGGCAUACGAGGCAGGUCAGUGAUGUGGCUAGAGGGUUGAUGGUGCAAGGGUGA